AUGUGGUCACGCAGUGGUGUACGUACGCCCAAUACCACUAUCGUGAAUAACAUCAUUGCAUGUAGUGCGUUGGUGUUGCAUGUACAGAGCCGUUCUUAUCACGGAUUUCAAUUCGCCGGCUUUCAUGGCUGGAAGAUACCAUACGGUGGCACACCGAGAGUGACUCGAGAGGAAUUAGAAGGUACACGUUAUUUUACACAACGACCUAAAGAAAAAUGGGACUACCACCGCGUAGAUGAAAAUAUUAACUCUUCUUCAGAGUUUCGUAGGACUCAUGAUAGAGAAGCUUUUGAGCAAGGUAUGCGUGAAGAUAAUUCCACAACAGAACAUGGUGAUAUGCAUACACCGAAGAAGUAUCGUCUUUAUGAAUACUUUGAUGAGUACUCAAAGCCUGGAUUGGAUAAAAAAGUGGGUGCUUGCUUUGCUGUAAAGGAGCAAUGGGAUGCGGAAGAGUUUUAUUACCCUGGUGAAGCCUGGCAACGAAACCGUCCUGGUUUCCGUAGUGUGCCGAAGGAAUUGUUGAAUCGACAGACGUGGUAUCACUGGUCAGACACUAUUAUGAAAUGGGAUGAGAUUCAACCAACCAUGCGUACACGUUCGUGGAAUCCAGAUUGGCCUCCACCAGGAUAUAAGGUGCCAAAAUUACAGUGUAAAAAAGAAUUUAUAUUCGGUGUAGAAGAGCCUGGACUAGUCUCAGAAGUAGAACGUUAUAACUGGUUUCGAUCAUGGGGUGAAAAUAACUUACGUUGUGGAUGGAAAGAUGUUUGGUUAUUUGCAGUCUUAUUUGGUGCUCUCUACUAUUUUGCCCGUAAUGCGAUGGAUGUAGUAGUUAUGCGUUCCAUGAUGAGCAAUAUGUAUUAUCCAGGCCGUCAGUUUGUACGUCCCUUUGGUGUACCGAAAGAUUGGGAAAAGGGUGUUUUUUGGUGGCAAAAACCGCUUGAGGAAUUUCCCAAUCAAUCAACUGUCUGGUAUACUAAUGAGUCUCGUUUUAAGUAUAUAAACUAUAUUAAGAAACGAGAUGCUCAUGAGAAAACUUUAGCGGAAGCAGAGAAAAUGGCAACAACGUAA